AUGGAUUCGAAAUCCACUGGGGUUUCCCUGCGCGGGUUCGAAUCCUGCCGACUACGUUUCCUCAACUUGCAGAUUUUAAACGACUUCGUGCUGGAUGAGUUAUCACUCAAACUCCAGAAAACUCUGCUUGGAUGGAUCUUCAGCUUAUCAUCUUUAACCCUGUCACUAAUUCCACUUCAUUACAGCUCCCCUAUUAGACUGGAUCGGAGCUGUUCAUCAGUGACCUCAACACCAUCGAAAGUCUGCUUGGUCUGUGCAGAUGAGGCGUCAGGAUGCCAUUAUGGUGUCUUAACGUGUGGCAGUUGUAAGGUUUUCUUCAAAAGAGCUGUGGAAGGACAACAAAACUACUUGUGUGCUGGACGAAAUGACUGCAUUAUUGACAAAAUCCGCAGGAAAAACUGUCCAGCUUGUCGAUUACGAAAGUGUUUCAAAGCAGGGAUGAACUUGGGAGCACGGAAGUCUAAGAAGCUGGGGAAGGUGAAAGGGCUACAUGAAGAGCAGCAACCACCACACAGUCCCAAAGAAGGAAUCACGUUCACUGCUCCUUUACCAGAACCUACAGCAAGCACUGCACUUGUUCCUAACUUCUCACAUAUGCCACCACAUAUUCACCCAUCGUUGAUCACUAUUCUUGAAGCCAUUGAACCUGAAGUGGUUUACGCAUCUUAUGAUAGCAGUCAAGCAGACACAACUAAUCACCUGCUGUCCAGUUUGAACAAGCUGGCAGAGAAACAGAUGGUUCGUAUUGUGAAGUGGGCGAAAGGUCUUCCAGGAUUCAGAACAAUGGCACUUGAUGACCAAAUGACUCUACUCCGGUAUUCUUGGAUGUGCUUAAUGACAUUUAGCCUUAGCUGGAGAUCAUACAAGCAUACCAGAGGCACAAUGCUUUACUUUGCACCAGACUUGGUAUUCAAUGAACAGCGGAUGCAGCAAUCAGCUAUGUAUGAGCUAUGUCAAGGGAUGCAAAGCAUCAGCAUAGAAUUUGUACGCCUCCAGUUGACUUAUGAGGAGUUCCUGUGCAUGAAAGCUCUUCUCCUGCUUGGCACAAUUCCAAAAGAUGGCCUGAAAAGUCAAGCUUCAUUUGAUGAAAUGAGGACAAACUAUAUCAAGGAGUUGAGGAGAGUUAUAGCAAGAAAUGAAAAUAAUUCUGGACAAAACUGGCAACGGUUUUAUCAGUUGACUAAAGUCCUUGACAGUAUGCAUGAGUUGGUCAGUGGGCUACUGCAGUUCUGUUUCUAUACAUUUGUGGAAUCAAAGGCACUGAAAAUUGAGUUCCCAGAUAUGCUGGUGGAAAUCAUCAAUGACCAGUUGCCAGAGGUCACAGCAGGAAUGACCAAAUCCCUUUUUUUUCACAAGAAGUGAUCCUUUUAAAGUUAAACUUUGCCUUAAAUUUUCCUCCUCAUGUUUUGCUGGCUUUAAAAAUUAUUUUAGCAGGCUUGGUGUCCUGUACGUCGCUACACACUAAAGAAAUGCUUAAUGAAGGUUUGGGACUGCUAUAAUGUGGAACUGUAUCAAUGAGAUGAAAAUGGAUAUAUUCAAAGGUUAAAAGGAGGCCGGGGAAAAGUAUUUUUUGAAAGAAAUAUAUUUUGGCAGGAAAAUUGUAAUACAGUCUCUUUUCUAAAGGUAAUCUUUUUGUAAAGUGAAAUGUUUCUGCAUGCAUAAACAUCUGACGUUUACAGUGUAUUUAAGAAAGGGAAAGCUGUGCCUUUUUAGUAUCAUAUCUAAUUUAACCAUUUUACAGCAUUUGCUGUAAAUAAACCAGAUAUACUAGCUGACUCAUAUUAAAUAUUUCUUCUAUUUUGUAAUUAAUUUUAUGUUAAUUAAUUUUUCCCCUUUGCCCGUCAGUAGCGUCUUUUGCUUUGUAACAAUAUCGCUUCUGCUCACUGUUAAGAUGCUUUUCAAGUUCCAUCCUGUUGUUUUGUGCUGUAGCAAUAGGGAAGUACUGGAUAAAAUGGCAAAAAGGUGCAUAUGGCUUACUUUUCUUACAACUUUCCAAUAAAUAAAUCAAGUAGCAGGGUUGAACCAUGCCCUGAUAAUCCUAGGUCCUUUUCAACCUUUUUAGAAUUGUCUAAUAAUUUUCUGUGCUUUGCUAUAAAGUUCUGUAUAUUAUGCUGUUGGAGUCCUGAUGUAGCACUUUUGGUAAUCCAUACACUGUACUUAGCCAAAUGAUAUGCAGAAUUAUAAAAUAGUUCUAAAUAAGUUGAUUUAUAUUUCCAUGGAAGCACUUAAGCAUCUACAUUUGUGUCAGCAAAGAAUAUUAAAUAUAUGAUGAUUAAA